GUUGAACUAGUCUGCACAGACACAUACUUAUACCCGGCAAAACAAAAUACAUAAAUUGGCUAUAGAUAGAAGGGAAACACUGAUUGGAAGCACAACUUCUGUCACAAAGAUAUUUGUCAUCAUUUUGUUAUUGUGGUCCUUUAUCGGAGUGACACAAUUUGGAGCUGUUGAUCUUGAGUAGAUCCACUGACAAUUUGUUGCAGCUGAUUCUACUUGUACAGUGUGAAGGAUCUCUCAUUCCUGGCGUUGGGUAACAGGGUACGUAUAAAGCGCGGCCUGCAUUGGAUCACUGGUUACUGUGGGUAGGGACUCAUAAAGCAGUCCAUCUUGAUAUUGCAUGUUUUCAUGGAUUUAGAGUGAUUGACUGGUGCGGCAGAGACGGCUCAUUGAGGUUUAUCUACGAUAUGAUGCUGAUGACAUGUCAUCACUGGCUUCAGAAACCGCUAAGGAGUAUACAGAUGGAUGCACUAAAUGUCAGGCAGUAGGACGAUCAUACAAGAGUCACUACAACGGUCCUAAUAUUCUUCUUCUUCAUACAACCCGGUCUAUCGUUUGUGCUGGAAAGAAAUCUGGACAACUUUUAGAAAAGAAAAAGAAAACUCUUGCCAGAAUAGGGAAGAUCGUCUCAGCUUGGAGGAACAGCGGAGGGGGUCAUCUUCUGAUCCACGUGGAGGGUCAAAUACCCGAGGACAGGUGUCUGGAACAGUUUGAUGAGUUCAUCACAAGGAGUCUGUCUGAUCUCAUUGAUGACGGAGAGUUAUAUGUAGACACAUACAGGCGACAUUGGCUCUCUGAUUUACAUAAGUUUCAAGGCAAUACUGACUACGUUUUAGUUAAUGUGAAGGAAACGAACGGGAUAGCUACUGUGGAUUUUAAUACGAAAGUGAGGAACGAUAUUGAAAACUUACCAGUAACGUCUGUCAAUUUGGCUAAAUGUAUGUUCAACAGACCGAGAAAUACAGAUACCACCAAGACAAAAGGUUUAUGUGAAAAUAUUCAAGAUCUCCAUGAAAGCAGGAAUAUUGAGAUAAAAGGAUUCCAUGUUGGCAAACUGAAGAAUCAAACAGUACAAAAACUUUCCAGAAGUCUUUCAGAUUUUGUUGAUUAUAUAUGGCAUGAUCUCAAACUUAAGGAUAAUCUGACCUCUAUGUCCAAGGUUGAGGGAGGUGGGUCAUACUAUGUUGGGAUAAGUGAGGACACUCUGGACAUUGAGAGUUACAGAACUAAACUUCUUAACAUUGACGGGUUUUGCAUGUCAUUUGAUGAAUCUGAGAUCAUCAGAGCCAUUAAAGCUAAACUUCAAAGUGACACAAUAGCCUUACAGAAGGACACAUUCCGUAGUGUCCCUGACGAUUUGAUUGAAGUGCAGUUACAUCCAUUACCGGGAACUGAGAGACGUGUUCUAGAGAUAGCUGUCCGCUAUUAUGAUGGGAUUAUCUUCAAUGACAAGGACGGACCAAGGGCAUAUGAAGUAAAGGACAACGCUAUACAUCGGAUGGACAAAGCUACCUGGUUAGGGCGUUUUAAAGCAACAAAUAAAUAAUUCAAGGGACGUUCAACAUGGCAGAUCAGUUGGAGUGUCCCAGCAAGACGAGUGACAGUGACGAGAGUGAUGACUCUAGUGUGCCCAGCAGGUACAGCUCAGAAGGAGACAUUCCUUUACCGACCUAUGAUGUCUUCUCCGACUCGGACGACGCGGUAACAGGUUUAAUGACUUCAGGUUGCAUGCUCCCUUCAAGCAAUCUCUCUAUCACAGAACAAAGAAAUAUUGGGAGGAUACUAUCUGAUGAAGCGAGACAGCCAUUCUUUUGCAUCUUCCCGGCCGUUAUUGAAGGCAUUCUCACGACAGAGUAUGCCCACAUUGUACAGAGGCUGAGAGAGCUACCAGGCAGAGAUCGUACAGUCAUCAUCUCAGCAGGCAGCUUACUGAAGAUGGUGAACCCCUCCUGGGAGGGGCGAGUACCUGCGUCUGUCCUGUGUGAUGUGUGUGUAUUUUCCCCUACACGGCCUGUCUUGGUGCUGACUUUCACAGCUAUGGAUGGGGACAACCAGAAGCACAUUCAAUACAACACCAUGUUGGCGAGAUUGAUCAUACAGCAUGUGAAGGAGGAUACAAAGUUUGAUUUCAAUGUUGUACAUGAGACUGUAGACAACAUUGUAUGUCAGGAGAAACAUGGUUUUCUUACGAGGAUCGACCAAUGUGAGAAUUCAGCCAAAAGCAUCUGUUUCCCUGCCGAACUGCACAUGGAUCACGACAAGUGUACUGCCAUUAUACAGUCUUUCCUGAACUACCUGUCUGGUAACGAGUUAACGAGGCGUUCACCAUCUAGUGAGGAUAAAGCUGGUGUGAAGAUCAUUUCCAAACCGGAUGCACUUGAUGAAUUACGACAACACUUACUGUCAGUUGAGGUGGCUCAGGAACACAAGAUCAGCGAAGUCAAUCACCAUCAUGAAAUGAAGCUAUCACAACUGAUGGACCAACAUGCUCAGCAAAAGGACAGAUUGGAGAAAGAAAUAGAAGAAUUCUUUCUGCAGCUUCAGCAGGAAAGAAAAGACAAAACAGUUGAACCACAACGUUUGGACGUUCGUACCAGAACAUCAAGCAAAAUGGACGCCUUCCCGAAGUGUUCUAUCUGUCAGCAGCAGUUUACCCUGAAAAGUCCAGUCCCCUACUUACUGCCCUGUCUACACGCUGUGUGUGAGACGUGUGUGACAUCUGCAGCUGGUGGAGUGAUAUCAUGCUUUACAUGUCAGAGGGAGGUCAACCUCACAGACACAAGUCUCCAGAAGGAUGCAGUCAGACAGAAGGAGAUAUUCCACCUGACAGUCAAACAUCGCCCCACAGAGCUUCUCUGUACAAAUGAAGAUGACGGGAACCAGGCUGUGUGUUGGUGUCAGGAUUGUGAAGAGUUCCUCUGUGAAUACUGCCAGAACAUGCACAGCAGCGUCAAACUUACCAAGAACCAUGUACUUCAAAACUUUGGUGACAUGGGACCGACUGUCUCGAAUAUUCCAUCAUAUUGCAGUAUCCAUAAACACCACCCCCUUUAUCUGUUUGAUAAAAGCUGCAAGAAGUUAAUCUGUGCGAGAUGUAGGAUUGAAGACCACGCAGACCAUGAAGUUGUGGAGCUGGAUGUGGUUGCUGAUACUGUAACAAAACAGCUGGACCAUCAUAAGAAUGAGCUCUCAAAGUUACAGGCUCGCCAGCAAUCACAUAUGCAGAGCCUUAGGCAAGGAAGCGAAUUCACAGACAAAACACACAACACUUUGAAAGAAAGUAUUGGCCACACAUUUCAAUCUCUGAGAUCACAACUUGACCAAAGAGAGAAGGAACUUCUGAUCGAUCUUGAAAGUCAGACGAAGGAGACCAAGUCAACUCUAUAUGCUCGUCUAAACACCUGUGAAGAAGAAUGGAAGACAUGCACUGGGGCUUUAGACUACAUCGCCAAAGUCUUCCUCUAUGCCUCGAAGUCAGACCUCGUGGAGAGUUAUGUAGGGGACAUAACUCGGAACUAUCUAGAAACUGCUGCGCCUCAAACACAUGUCGUACCUUCAGCUGUCUUCAACACCAACAGCUUGUCAACACUGAAAUCAACCAUAUCAGUGUUUGGUGCCAUUUUGCCAAGGGAAGUGGAUGAGGAAUCUGUAAAAGACAAGGAUACUCAAACUGACGAUGACUUUAUGGCAGACUUGGAAAGGAAACACAAAAUGGACCUGACAGAGCUGAAGACGAAAAUUGCUUCAGAUGAGAAACAUAUUGAAAGCCUCAAAACACUUACAGACAAGCUCAAUGUCGAAAUCAGAAGCUUGAAAUCGCGCAUUGAGGAGAAGGAAACCACAGAGAAGACCGCCUCAAACACCAGGGAUGUCUUACUUGGUGUGGCCAGAGAAUGCGGUGUUCAUCUGCUGAAGUCAGAAGUUGUAGACAGAUCAAUGGUGCUGAAGUGUAUACAUCUGAAGUAUGACAAAGACAUAGUCAAUCUCGACUACGUCCACAUCAACACAGAAGGAGACCUGGUCAACAGGAAGUCGGACACCAGACCUGCAGGGGAGUGGAGACUGAAGAAAUACUGGGGCACAUGUAGCACUGCCCCCCUCCCCCGGGCUGGCUGUCCCCAGUACUGGGAGAUGGUGAACAGGGUCAGUCUGGAGGAACCACUCACAGGGAACAACCUCAUCCUGGAGGUGGGUGCAUGCAGGGAGGAGCAGAGGGACGUGUCUCAUUGUAUCAAUCCACGAUCCAGCUCCUGCUGCAUGCAGGUCGCCCACUGUCCUACACACGGCGGGAUAUGCAGGCGGACAUGGAAGGAGGGGAAGCAUGUGCUGUGUCUGCCUGACACUCUCCCCAACACAGCAGGGGUAUCACACACACUACAUUACGGUGUUGUCUAUGAUGACACCAGGAAGAAGAUUGUCUUCAUUGAUGUGAAGGAGAACAAAGUGAUGUCGGCGUUAGACAAUGUAGACUCCAGUCAGCCACUGUGGCCGAUGUUCGGGGUGUAUAACCCACAUCUCCUCACUGUCAGCAUGACACUUGUAGUGGGCAGCGGCAUCAACAUGACAGAGGAGAAGAAAGCAAUGAUUGUCAAUGCGCUGUCGUGAUGGUGACAGUGAUUGUCAAGGCGCUGUCGUGAUGGUGACAAUGGUUGUCAAGUGCUGUCGUGAUAGUGACAAUGAUUGUCAAGGCGUAGUCGUGAUGGGGACAAUGAUUGUUACGGCGUUGUCGUGAUGGUGACAAUGGUUGUCAGGGCGUUGUCGUGAUGGUGACAAUGAUUGUUCAGGGGCUGUCGUGAUGGUGACAGUGAUUGUCAAGGGCUGUCGUGAAGG